AUGGCUGAACCUGACUACGGUGCCGCUUCCUGGGCCCAUGUGACGACCGGCUCCGGACAUCAGGGUGCAGAGUUGGCUGCCCCGCUUCUCUCUGCACAUGCCCCAUUUCAACAACAACUCCCGCCUCUGUACGGAGGCGUAUAUCUGCCCAUGAGCGACCAUCAAACACCCCCGAACCGCAAUGCACCAGAUGGACCAACCAGCAAUCCGCUCCAUGACCGCUCUCCGUAUCCGCCUGCUGGAGUCCGCUAUCCAUAUUACCAGGCGCAAAUGUUCCCAUAUCAAUUCACGGGUCAUCCACGACCGCCACCUUCUUUCUGGAACGGAGUUGACCAUGUGCAUCCGGAUCAGUUAUUUUCUAACCCGAGUAACCCGAUGCAAAAUCAUUUACCUAGCCAAACAGUAGGAAUAUCACAUCCAAAUAACCCAUUAGCACCGGCUUUGAACGCAGGGAUUCCGCCAUUUAUUCGACGGCGCAAUGAGCACAGGAUGGCAGUCGAGGCAAUCUCACGGCAUUCCCAUGCGGGGAGCAUGCGAACCCCUCACCAAGGUCAUCGGGAUUCAGCGCAUCCGGAAGUGCGGCUGCAGAGCACUAGAUCACAGCCCCACGAACACCGUCAGCCAAAUGAUCCAAUAUCUCCUGGAUCAGGGCACCGCCCGUGGGCAUCGCCUGGAGGCCAUGGUCGCCGUUCAGACCGUAGCAUCUCUCCACGAACAUCAAAUCGCCGGAGUUUUGAGAGGUAUUCGGUUGACCUCUCACCUUCGAGCACGUCAUCUGACGCAGAAGAGGCGGCUGCCAGAGCGCCACCCCCGAAUCGCUUGAGGACCCGAACAAGAGACGUGCGCCCACGUUUCACGGGCUACCGCCCACAUAUUGAUCCCAAUAUUGCCACCCCAAGACAGAUCCAGGAACUCAAAGACGGUCUUCCGCGGCGUCUGCCAAGCGAGCUUCCCGACGAUGCAUCCAAGUGUUGUGACAUUUGCCAAAAGGACUAUUCGGCCUCGCAUGUUUUGCCUACAGAAGAGGAGGAAAUUGCGGUAGUCUUGUCCUGUGGACACACAUUCGGAGAAUUUUGUAUUUUUCAAUGGCUUGAUACGUGCAAAACCCACAAAAACAAAGUUACUUGCCCAAUGUGUCGGAAGCAGCUGAUCGAGGCACCACGAUAUCUCCAAAGCAUGAUGCAUGCCUUUCCUCGCAAUGGGCAGGCAUUUGUUGACCUCUUGGCUCGCGAGCAACUUCUUGCUAACGGAAUACCACGUGAUUUUCACAACUUGUAAAAGGAUGCUAGGCAGACACAACAUGUGGAGUUGGACGGCAACACGGAAAGGGCCAUGUGAUGUGAUAGCAUUAGCAUAUGUUGCUUCCAUGUUAUCGCGUUGCCAGGGCGGAUAGAUGUGUGGAACUAUGAUAUCAUUCUUUGGCGUGGAUUGCCUGUUUGGGGCACCAUGUACGGCGUUUCUGCGGGCGGGGUAUGGUGUUUCUCCGGGUAGGUUGACUUUAUUGCAAGGUUGGAAUUCUGGAUAUGCGAGGCAUGGUUCUUGAAGGGAUCUGUACAUAAUAUACGGCGAGAAAUAAAGACGGCGACAGCACACUUGAUACACUACUAAAAAUGGCAAUCUUGACCCA